AAAAAGUCUUCUUUCACAGUCAAAAUGGCCGAGUGGGACUUGACGUACACGGUUGGCCAGUACAUUGACCGGCAUAUGGUAUUUCCGCUGCUGGAAUUCCUUCAGAACAAGAGUAUAUAUAACGAAGAUGACCUCCUCAAAGCCAAGCUGGACCUACUGCAAAACACCAAGAUGGUCGACUUCAACAUCGACGUCUACAGGAUGUGUUAUCCGGACGCCGAAGUCCCGCAAGACAUGAUCCAGCGACGAGCCGAGGUCGUGAACACGCUCGUGGUCUUGAAAAAUGAGACCUCUGCUCUGAUCGAAGCCUGCCAGGACGACGAAGUGUGCAAGAACAUCCAAAGUUCCCGGGACAGCCGGCAGGUCUUGGACCAUUUGAUGCAGAUCAGCAAUCUCAUCAAUCCAGAAAUGAUUGACCGCCUGUACGCCUAUGCAAAGCAUCAGUACGAAACAGGUGGCUAUACAGGUGCUGGAGAAUGCCUGUACCUCCAUCGUUUCUUGAUUUCCAACAAUGACAAGAAUUACCUGAACAACCUGUGGGGUAAGCUGGCCUCCGAGAUCCUCAUGCAGAACUGGGACGUGGCCCUUGAUGAUCUGAGCCGGCUGCGAGAGUACAUAGACAACAACAAUUUCUCGUCGCCGCUGCAUUCGCUGCAGCAGCGUACUUGGCUCAUCCACUGGAGCCUCUUUGUCUUCUUCAACCACGCCAAGGGCCGUGACCUCAUCAUAGAGCUCUUCCUUGGACAGCCACAGUAUCUGAACACCAUACAGACCAUCUGUCCACACAUCCUGAGGUACCUGACAUGUGCCGUCAUCACCAACAAGCAGAAGCGAAAUGCCCUUCGUGACCUCGUGAAGGUCAUUCAGCAGGAGUCGUACACCUACCACGACCCCAUCACCGAGUUCGUGGAGUGCUUGUUCGUCAACUUCGACUUUGACAAGGCCCAGCAGAAGCUGCGCGAGUGCGAGGUGGUCCUCUCCAAUGACUUCUUCCUGGUGGCCUGUCAGGACGACUUCAUCGAGAGCGCCCGCCUCUUCAUCUUCGAGACCUUCUGCCGCAUCCACGAGUGCAUCUCCAUCAAUAUGUUGGCAGAAAAGCUCAACAUGACACCUGAAGCGGCCGAGAAGUGGAUCGUUAACUUGAUCCGCAAUGCCCACCUUGACGCCAAGAUCGAUUCAAAGCUGGGUCACGUGGUGAUGGGAACACAGGCCGUGUCUCCAUACCAGCAGCUCAUCGACAAGACGCAGGCCCUGCACUUCCGCUCUCAACAGCAGAUCGGCCACCUCGAGCACCGACUCAGCAGCUCCGACCGGACAUCACAUUGGGGAGCCCAGAACUGAUAGGGAACGAAAUUGUAGUGUUUAGGACUGUUCGGCACUUUCGCUAGUGCGCAGUGAUGCGGAAGAAAGGCAGAGAGUCCAGCACGGCCUCGGUGCCCAGCUCGUACGCCACUCGCAAUCCACGUGCGGCGGUCGCACGUGAGGACCGUGUCUAGCACAGCAACAUCUGUGCCAGAUGAACGCUGCUCGGCACAGCUCAGGGACCGGAGGCCCUAGGGUCAGCCAGCGUCUCGAGCACUGGCAGCAGGAGCCCUGGUUCCUCGGACGCCCUCGUCCACGCUCGGCUCCGCGAUCCUCCGCACCUUGCCACGGACGUCUCGCCUGGCAGGACCUCUCGCCUCGUUCACCCCAGGAGCUCGGAACUGCUGCCCGCCUGGUUCUGACAUUGUGAGAUCGCGCCUCGUGCCACCGUGCUUGUGCACUCGUUCACUUCUUCACGGAGCUUGGGUGGCCGCUCCGAUCUUCUAGCGGCACCUCGCGGCACUUACAUAUGACAGUAACAUAAUGAUCUGUUUCCAGAAACCAAGGUUUAAAAAGGCUUCGUUGCAGACAACUUGUGCCAACAAACCAAUCUUUCUAGAAACAAAGACGUUACCUCCUCUUCUCUCCAGUGUGUUAGAAAGAUAACACACAGAAGAGAAGAGGAGGUAACGUCAUUGUUUCUAGAAAGAGUGGUUUGUUGGCAUAAGUUGUUUGCAACUGAAGCCUUUUUAAAUCUUGGUUUCUCGAAACAGAUCAUUAUGUUACGUUCCUGUCAUGCUAUAUACGGAAGCGCGCAAAAAAACAAAAAGACAGUGCCGUGUUCGCCGUGCGGGGGCGAUGACGAAGUGGUGUGAUCGUGUGGCACGUGGUGCUUUUGCCAUGAACACAGGCAGGCAUUUUAAAUGACUUGAAGCAGACGUGGUGACAAGGUGCUGCUAAGGUUUCCUUUCACGAGAGCUUUUGAAGAGACAUUAAACACAAACAUUAAGUAUGGGUGGGCUAACUAUUUUGUUAAUAAACGAAUUCAAAUUGA